CUGAACGGCGGCAUCGGCAUCAUCCACCACAACUGCACCCCCGAGUUCCAGGCCAGCGAGGUGCGCAAGGUGAAGCGGUUCGAGCAGGGGUUCAUCACGGAGCCGCUGGUGAUGAGCCCGGCGCACACCGUGGGGGACGUGUGGGACGCCAAGGCCCGGCUCGGCUUCUCGGGGGUCCCCGUCACCCACUCGGGCCGCCUGGGGGGGCGGCUCGAGGGCAUCGUCACCUCCCGGGACAUCGACUUCCUGCGGGAGCGGGACAGGGGCACCCCCCUGGCUGAGGUGAUGACCAAGCGCAGGGACCUGGUGGUGGCCCCGGCUGGUGUCACCCUCAAAGAGGCCAAUGAGAUCCUGCAGCGCAGCAAGAAGGGGAAGCUGCCGAUCGUGAACAGCCGGGACGAGCUCGUGGCCCUGAUGGCCCGCACGGACCUGAAGAAGAACCGGGAGCACCCGGCGGCCUCCAAGGACGGGCGGAAGCAGCUCCGGGUCGGCGCCGCCAUCGGCACCCGCGAGGACGACAAGUACCGGCUGGACCUGCUUGUGCAGGCGGGGGCCGACCUCGUGGUGCUGGACUCGUCGCAGGGGAACUCGCGGUACCAGCUCAGCAUGAUCCGCUACAUCAAGGCCAAGUACCCCGAGCUGCAGGUCGUGGGGGGCAACGGUGAGACCCCAGAGCGGGGGGGGCACUGGGGGCACCUUGGGCUGCAGGUCAUGGGGGAAACAUGGUGA